AUGGCCGCUCGUCAUGGAAAACCCGAAGAGGAGCUCUUCCUGUCGAGACCUUCGAAUAAUGGCGAGGAUAGUCCUACUGUCGAGCCUCUGAGGAUCAAUAAGCCGAAAAGCCCACAGCCAAACCGAACCAACUAUCCUCCGCCGUCCAGCUCCAGCUCGAGCAAGCUCACAUUUCCUCUUCCUCCGGGCGCUUCGAGCUCAGCGAGUCCUCUACCGUACCCGGACGACGACGAUUGCUUCCAAGCUCCCCUCAAAUCUCCCCGACCGCACCGCACGCCAUAUCCAGACGACCGAAAACCGAGUCAAGGUCAAAGGAGGACGGGUUCAGGAGGAUCCAGCAACGAACAGCCCCGACCAUCACCGACCAGCCGGACAGCCUCGAAUGAUAUAACCCCUCGAUUGACCACAAGUCCCGUCGACAAGCGAGGCCCUGGGCUGGCAGAAAGGCGCGGGACCGCCCCAAAGCCCCUCCCGGAGUCUCCAGGCCCAGAUAUUCCAGAUAAGGAGGGUCUUUUUGCUAAAGCUCCCAGCCGGGACCCCAAGCCUGCGACCGGCGCCAGGCGCCCCUCACAGCCCGCUGUGCCUUCGUAUCCCGACUAUCACCAGAAAUACUUCCCUCCUCCCACCUCAGGCCCGUCGGAACUCGAUGGACAGGUGGCAGGAAACGAUCAUUUGAUUGCCCCAACCCCAAACACAAUGAACCGGUUCUCCUCCACGGCUUCUACAUCUACAACACGAGCAACAAGGGGCUCUCCGCCGCCUCCCGAGACUCCGAUUAUUGGUCCUGGCGAGCAACCUGGUGGCGGUAUUGAAGCUCGAUAUGCAGCGGCAGGAAUAUCUGGAACAGCUACGCUAAGCAGUCUUCAAGCACAAAAUGCGGCUGCUGCUCAACGAGCAAAUCAGUAUGGGCCUCCGCCCGUCCCACAGUUGCCACAGUCCCCAGGACUCCCAUCGCAACAACACAUCCCCAGGCCUUGGACACCGACGGAGUCUCCAGAUAAUCAACCACAUGGCCCACCUACCGUAUACCAAGGCCCGAACCAGGUGACAACUUCUUCCCCCUCACCUCCCGCGCAGCAGCAACCUGGGAGGCAAGGCUCUGCCCCGGUGCCAAAUGCGUUUGAGCAAGAUUUCCAGCGUAUGCAGUUGUCACCAUCGCCCCCACCGGCUUAUUCAAGUGUAACGCCUGGCACCAAUGGAGCGAGCAACGCCCAAGGUUACCCGGCUGAGAAGCGUGCCUCUGCCGCUCCGGCUGCGGUUAGCACAGCUCCUAAGCCGAAUAUUGCUGCUCCUUUAGCUUCACCGGCAUUGCAACAUCCAGGCCACCCCGCGUUCGCGAACGACCCGAGAGAGGAAGUUGCAAGUCCGCAACAAGUCCCCCAACCUGCUCCUGUGCAGCAACAGGUAGUCAAUGCUCCAAAUGCUUCACCAUUUCAGGGUGCCGGGCCUAGCUCACCCCCGCCUCUCCCAGAAGGGUGGAUUGCUCAUUUAGACCAAAACUCCGGCCAAUACUACUAUAUCCAUCUGCCAACACAGGCAACCCAGUGGGAAUUUCCUAAAGGGCCAACUCCACUAAACCAUGAUGCUGCCCCUCUGUCACCUACGCUCUCCACCUACGGAAAUCCGUUGGCAUCACCAGGGCUGAGUGCAUUUGGCAAGACUCCUCUUGGUUCCCCGGGAUUUCCCCCGCACACUCCUGGCUAUGCCGAGAGCAUCAUGAGCAUGGCCUCCCAGACUCCUACUGCGGCAGGUUUCUCGGGGCCUCCGCCAAGUGCUGGUGUUGACAUGUAUAAAAUUGCUCCCACCAACGGGGUUUACUUCGGGCCUUAUCUUCGAUAUGUGAACAUGGACAUGGAGAGGGGCAUAUGGCUGGGGACUAUUCUACUUGUUACGGACGGCUUACAACCACCUACCAUUCACAUCCACCAGAGUGCUGAUUUAUCACCUAACCCUCGCCAACUAAAGCCAAAUCCAAUAUUCACACAUCAGCGAUGGGUAUUUUAUAGGUAUGAUCUUGAUCUGCAGAUGGGAGAUGGUCCUGGGGAUAAAUGGACCUAUGCUAUAACCUCGCAUCUUGGCUGCACACGCUAUGAGUUCUUGGUUGCUGGUCGCUACGAAACCAAUUGGAGAUUCAUCGCGCAUUCAGGAAACGACUUUGCGAUGAAUACGAGCGUGAAUGAGCGUUCUAAACUUGGGGGAAUCGGAUUUAUGUGGAAAGACAUUUUACAAAAGAACGUGGAGUGCGGCGGCUUCCAUGUUCAACUAGGCUUGGGUGAUCAAAUAUACGGAGAUAGGUUAUGGAAAGAAAUUCCACUACUCAAGCAGUGGCUUGCUAUGAGCGGCAAGGAUAUUCGGAAAAGCGCAGCUUGGACUGCCAGACACGAGGAAGAUGUUUCUCAUGCCUAUUUCCAUUACUAUACCAGUCACUUUGACCAGCCGUAUUUGAGAGAAGCCUUUGCGCAAAUUCCACACGUCCUCCAGAUCGAUGACCAUGACAUAUUUGACGGAUUUGGGUCGUAUCCCGAGUACAUGCAGUCUUCCAAUAUGUUCAAGAACAUUGGGCGUAUCGGCAUUGAGAUGUAUCUUCUCUUCCAACACCACACCACGCUUGAGAUCCUUCGCAACGUCAGCACCGAUACAGACCUUUUCACCAUAACGGGAUCGGGAUGGCAUUUUGUGAAAUAUCUGGGUCCUGCGGUUGUGGUAGUAGGACCUGAUUGCCGCUCAGAACGCAACCAACGCCAGGUUUUGGCAGGCCCGACAUAUCAAGGGCUUUUCCCAAAAGUUGCAACUUUACCGCCUAGCGUCCAGCACUGCAUUUGGAUGGUAUCAGUGCCAAUCAUAUAUCCACGACUUGACACCGUGGAGAGCAUUGCUCAUACCAUGGCUACUGGCAAGAAAGCGGUGACUGGAACGUACAAUUUGCUUGGCAAGGUCACAAGCUCUGUAGCUGGCGUAGUAGGUGGAAAGGACGCUGUUGCAUCUGGCUUUUCACAAGUAAAGAAGGCAGUCGGAAAGUCCGGGCUUAUGGGCGGAGUACUCAACACCUUCGGCGACAUCGAUAUUGCCGAUGAACUUCGAGAUAUGUGGACGCACGAGUCAAAGGACCUCGAACGAACAUACAUGAUCCGAACCCUGCAAGAUGUCAAUUGCUGUGGUGCCGGCCUGGUACACGAUCCAAGCCAUCCAAGCGACCAUAAGACAAUGUACCAAAUCAUAUCAUCGGCAGUUGUAGCCGCACCUCCCCCGUCAUAUGUCUUGAAGAUGCUGCACAACAACAAGCCGUUGUAUGUCCCACAGAAUGGACAAAAGACUACCAAUCAAGUCUCGGAUACUAAGGAAGAUAUGAUGGAGAUCUUCCAGACCGAUACUAGCGGUGGCCCUCGAGAGAUGAAAAAGCUGAUGGGACGGCGAAACUAUGUUGCCUUUGUGGCAUAUGACCCAGAGGCCAUUGCGGGGACAAAUUAUGCGGCGAGCGUGCAUAGUGGCGGGCAUGGGCUGGCGAAGCUCAGUCUCGCAGUAGACUUUGUGGUUCAAGGAGAUAGCGGGUUCACUCCACCAACCAAGUACGGGCCCGUAAUUGUUCCCAGUCUCGAGUUUGGACGAUGA